AUGUGUUCAAGUCAAAUGGCCAGAACAAAAACUACAGGCCAGAGAGAUUCACUUCAUGAAUUCAAAGUGUCCAGUCUACAGAUAUCAAGCACUGUGUACUCUGCCUCUCGAAACGAUUUCUUGGAUAAUUUAACUCACGAUGUUAACAAAGAAGAACACGAAAACGAACACGAAGAAGAACAUGAAGAAGAAUACGAAGUAGAUCACGAAGAAGAACGCGAAGAACACGAAGAAGAACGCGAAGAACACGAAGAAGAACGCGAAGAACACGAAGAAGAACGCGAAGAACACGAAGAACACGAAGAAGAACACGAAGAACACGAAGAAGAACGCGAAAAACACGAAGAAGAACGCGAAGAACACGAAGAAGAAGAGGAAAUAGAACGUCAAGAAGAAAAUGAAGUACGGCAAGGAGAAAAUGAAGAGGAAGGUCAAGAGGAAAAUAAAGUGCAACAAGACGAAGAUAAAGAAGAAUGUCAGGAAGAAAACGCAAUACAGCAAGUAGUGUUCAAUAAAGCGGAGCAUGGUGAAUUGGAAAAGCUGACCAAAUCAUUAUGCAUUAACUUACUAAACGAAACUUAUCAACACUAUGCCUCUCAAUCUUUACCAGAAGAAGAUUUCAAUGAUAUCAAAUCAAAAUGUGCCGACUUACGAUCUCAUUUCAGCGAUUACUUAACCCCUAUCAUGUACGAAACGAUCAAUAACUUAUUUGAUGAGCUCAAGCAAUUUCAGUUCGACUCUGAUACGGCAAGUAUAACCGCAUACUUAGAUAAUGAGAAGAAUAAGGAAACAAACAAAGAAAGUGAAAAAUACAUCCUGCUUUCUAUUGUUAGCUCAGUCAUCAAUAAUUUCAAUUUGUGGAAGAAAGAGGAAAAGCUUGCUGAGAAUACAUAUUUACGCAAAUUUGCAGAUAUCGUUGACAUCCUAUUCAAAAAAACCAAUCUUUUUGUCAAAGAUGGAGAAAACGUCUGUGAAGCAUCAAAGCGAAUGCAAAUCAUUAACGAAGGUGAUAUCACAUUUGGUAGAAGAUUGGACUUGAUUGUAGCUAGUGAACAAGAUAGUAGAGAUAUCGAGCUUUGUUCUUUGGAAUUCAAGAAGGGCGAUGCAUCAUAUACAACUUUAUUGUAUCAGCAAUCCAAAAAUUUCAGAAUUAAUGCUUGUAUUCUGAAUGAAAUCCAUCUUUUGACACUUGAAGAAAGUAUUUCUAUUGCUUAUCUGGACUUUUCAGGACGAAAUGCGUAUAUCUCUCAAAUAUUCAAGAUGAAUGAUCAGUAUGUUGCUCACGAAGUUGGCAAGGUGAUUAUCAUCAAGAACUUGUUGGAAAUGGAAAUACUGCGUGAAACAAUGUUCAAUCUCUUUAGAUGGAAAAGAAGCCUGGUCAGUAACAGUAAUGUGGUUUCAUUAGCCAACGCCUAUCAAUGCAACAGAUUUGCUCUUGCCGACAUUAGUAAUACUUUAGGUCAAAGCUCAAGGCUUUCCCCACUUCGUGAUAUCAAGCCAGCAAAAAUAUUUAUGUCUCCAAGCAGCACUGGAAAAAGAACUCGAACUGUCUUUGAACAAGGCAACUAA